UGGGAAUUUGUAGGACCCAGCAGACCUCCCAGCCCCCGGGCUUCACCUGUUCUCAUGCACAUUUCUUCCCCUUUUUUUUGUUCCCAUUUGGGGAUUUGCCUUCUAUCGCUCCAUGAUAAUGACCAAAAACCUCAUGCCUUUAACAAUGCUCUCCUACGCCUGCAGCCUGCUGGUCUUCUCCGCGUCUCUCGCCGGUGCGUCUCUGGCCGAGAUGGUGUUCCGCUGCCCGGGCUGCACCGCGGAGCGCCAGGCUCUGUGCCCAAGACUGACCGAGACUUGUGCAGAGAUUGUGCGUGAACCCGGCUGCGGCUGCUGCCUGUGUGCCCGGCAAGAGGGCGAGAUGUGCGGCGUGUACACCCCGAGGUGCACCACCGGGCUGCGGUGCUACCCGACGCCCGACUCGGAGCUUCCUCUGGAGCAACUGGUGCAGGGCCAGGGGCAGUGCCGGCGCAAAGUGGACACCGAGACGGCCACUUUGAGCCAGGAGCACCGGGAGCAAACCAGCGGUGAGGCCGUGGAGCCGCUGCCUGAACAGGGUGUGAGUGAGAUCCCGGCCAUUCGGAAACCCAGCAAAGAGACCACGUGGCUGGGACCCAAAGAGAGCGCCGUACGCCAGCACAGACAGGAAAUGAAGACCAAGAUGAAGACCAACAAGGUGGAGGAGGUGAAACCAGCGCGGCCCAAACAGACUCAGUGUCAGCAGGAGCUCGACCAGAUCCUGGAGAGGAUAUCCAAGAUGCCCUUCAGAGAUAACCGAGGUCCCCUGGAAGACCUGUACGCCCUGCACAUCCCCAACUGUGACAAGAGGGGGCAGUAUAAUCUCAAACAGUGCAAGAUGUCUCUGCACGGUCAGAGGGGCGAGUGCUGGUGCGUCAACCCCCACACCGGCCGAGCUAUCCCAUCAGCCCCCACUGUGAGGGGCGACCCCAACUGCAGCCAGUACCUCAGAGAGCUGGAGCUGGAGCUCCCCGACAUGGACCAGAUAUAAAGUGGCAUGAAAAAAGAACAAAAAAACAAACAAACAAACUGUAAAGUACUUGGGAACAAAAGAACGUCUGAGUAAGCUAUAUAUUAUCUUCCUGUGUGUGUGUGUGUGUGUCUGUAGUUCAUUUGAAAUCUUAACCACCUAAAAGGAUUAAAGUUUGUUGCGUAGGAUGUAACCUCAGAAUAUUUGUAGAAGAAAAGAUAAGACUAGACAUUUAGUAGACGCCAGAUGGAGUGUUGUUUUGACUUUUGCUUUACUAAUUGUAACUUUGCUCAGAUUUGCUCCGUUAUCUGUGUUUUGUACUGUAUGUGUUGAAAAGUGAAAAGCCUUCAACAUGUUUGGUUUUACGUGUUUUUGUUUUCUUAGCUUGCAGACUAAUGUUACGCCUCAUUAACAGAUAACGCUAUUAAAAUGGUAAUAAAUCCAA